CCGUGCGUUUGAGAAGAAGUGGCAACCCGCCAGCGGCUCAGAGGACCGCUCGCCUGACGAAGCAGUGCCGGAGAGAACCGACAAGCGCCAGAGGGUUGUCGAGCUGACAGAAACACUGGAUCAUUGUCGUCGGUCUGACGGUCGGAGGAGCACCGAAACAAACCAGAGGGGAAAAGAGAGGGAGGGAAACGCUGAAGAAGAGCACGAGAGUCGGCGUCAUGUUGUUGUAGCUGACCGCCCGAACACUCGUUUUACACAACCGAGGUGCUCCCAAGUGUGAGGCUAACAUGUCAGAUAAGAUGUCCAGCUUCCUCCACAUUGGGGACAUUUGCUCUCUGUAUGCAGAAGGAUCCACGAAUGGAUUCAUCAGCACUUUGGGUUUGGUGGAUGACCGGUGUGUCGUGCAGCCGGACGCCGGGGAUCUCAACAACCCUCCAAAAAAGUUCAGAGACUGUCUCUUCCGGCUUUGUCCUAUGAACCGCUACUCGGCUCAGAAACAAUUUUGGAAAGCAGCGAAGCCUGGGGGAAACACGGACGCCGUGUUGCUCAACAAGCUGCACCAUGCAGCAGACUUGGAGAAGAAGCAAAACGACUCUGAAAACAAAAAGCUGCUAGGAACGGUGAUUCAGUACGGAAAUGUUAUUCAGCUCCUGCAUCUAAAGAGCAACAAAUAUCUGACGGUCAACAAGCGUCUGCCGGCUCUGUUGGAGAAGAACGCCAUGAGGGUGAUGUUGGACACGGCCGGGAAUGAAGGUUCCUGGUUCUACAUCCAGCCCUUCUACAAGCUGCGCUCCAUCGGGGACAGUGUGGUGAUUGGAGACAAAGUGGUCUUAAACCCAGUGAAUGCUGGUCAGCCGCUUCAUGCCAGCACUCAUCAGUUGGUGGACAAUCCUGGGUGCAAUGAGGUGAACUCAGUCAACUGUAACACCAGCUGGAAGAUCGUCUUGUUCAUGAAAUGGAGUGACAACCAGGAGGUCAUCCUUAAAGGGGGGGACGUUGUGAGGCUGUUUCACGCAGAGCAGGAGAAAUUCCUCACAUGUGAUGAUCACAGAAAAAAACAGUAUGUAUUUCUGCGCACUACUGGACGACAAUCAGCUACCUCGGCAACCAGCAGCAAAGCCUUGUGGGAAAUAGAAGUGGUGCAGCAUGAUCCGUGUCGAGGCGGUGCGGGAUACUGGAACAGUCUGUUCAGGUUCAAACACCUGGCCACAGGGCACUACUUGGCUGCAGAGGUCAAUCCAGAGUAUGAAGAAGAGUGCCUCGAGUCACGCUCCUCUCUGGACACAGAGCAGGAAGCCUUAAGAGCCCGUUUGAGAAACACUCAGGAUAAAGUCAUGUACACUCUGGUGUCUGUUCCCGAAGGGAAUGAUAUUUCCUCCAUAUUUGAGCUUGACCCCACCACCCUGAGAGGAGGAGACUCACAAGUACCAAGGAAUUCAUAUGUUCGCCUCAGGCAUCUGUGCACCAACACCUGGGUUCACAGCACUAAUCAACCAAUUGACAAGGACGAAGAAAAACCUGUUAUGCUCCGUAUUGGCACGUCUGCCUUGAAAGAAGACAAAGAGGCUUUUGCCAUUGUUCCUGUUUCACCUGCCGAGGUCAGAGACCUUGACUUUGCCAAUGACGCUAGCAAAGUUCUGGCAUCCAUUGCUGGGAAGCUGGAAAAAGGCACCAUCACUCAGAACGAGAGACGAGCGGUUACCAAGCUGCUGGAAGAUCUUGUAUUUUUUGUUGUUGACAUACCCAAUAAUGGACAGGAUGUUCUUGAGAUCAUGGUCAACAAACCCAACCGAGAGAGACAGAAGCUCAUGAGAGAACAGAAUAUUCUCAAGCAGAUAUUCAAGCUGCUGCAGGCUCCAUUCACAGACGGUGGUGAUGGGCCGAUGCUACGACUGGAAGAGCUGGCCGACCAGCGUCAUGCCCCGUUCAGACACAUCUGCCGCCUCUGCUACCGAGUUUUGCGUCACUCCCAACAGGACUACCGGAAGAAUCAGGAAUACAUUGCCAAGCAGUUCCGCUUCAUGCAGAAACAGAUUGGCUAUGAUGUCCUGGCAGAGGACACCAUCACAGCUCUGCUCCAUAACAACCGCAAGCUGCUGGAGAAACACAUCACUGCUGCAGAAAUUGACACAUUUGUCAGUCUGGUCCGUAAGAACCGCGAGCCCAGGUUCUUGGAUUACUUGUCCGACUUGUGUGUGUCGAUGAACAAGUCCAUCCCAGUCACACAGGAGCUCAUCUGUAACGCAGUCCUGGACCCAGCUAAUGGCGACAUCCUCAUCGAAACUAAACUGGUGCUGUCUAGAUUUGAGAUUGAGGGCGCACCUCUAGGGGAAAACUCUGUCGAAUCCGAAGAGGACGAGGAAGAGGUGUGGUUGUUCUGGAAGGACAGCAACAAAGAGAUCCGCAGCAAAAGUAUCAGGGAGCUAGCACAAGAUGCCAAGGAGGGCCAGAAGGAAGACCAGGAAGUGAUCAGUUACUACAGGUACCAGCUUAAUCUUUUUGCCCGGAUGUGUUUGGACCGACAGUACUUGGCAAUAAACAAGAUCUCAGGUCAGCUGGACGUAGACCUGAUUCUGAGAUGCAUGUCAGAUGAGGACCUGCCGUAUGACCUCCGUGCUUCAUUCUGCCGCAUGAUGCUGCACAUGCAUGUGGAUCGUGACCCUCAGGAGCAGGUCACUCCUGUCAAAUAUGCCCGACUUUGGUCUGAGAUUCCGUCCGAAAUUGCCAUUGAUAAUUACGACAAUGAUGGAACUUCGAAAGAUGAAAUCAAGGAGAGAUUCUCUCAAACAAUGGAAUUUGUGGAGAACUACCUCAGAGACGUGGUCUGUCAGAGCUUUCCCUUCGCCGAUAAGGAGAAAAACAAGCUCACAUUCGAGGUGGUGAAUCUCUCCAGGAACCUGAUUUAUUUUGGAUUCUACAACUUCAGUGACCUGCUGAGACUCACAAAGAUCCUUCUGGCCAUCCUUGACUGUGUGCACGUCAGCAACAUUUUCUCCUUUAACAAGCUGGAGAAGGGAGAUGAGACUAAAAGCAGUAAUGUGAUGCGGUCCAUCCAUGGUGUGGGGGAGCUCAUGUCUCAGGUCGUCCUGCGAGGAGGCGGCUUCCUCCCGACUGCUUCAGUCAGUAACAGCAGUGGCAGCGCGGUGAAGACUCAAACAGAACCAGAAAAACAGGACAUACUUGUCAUGGACACCAAGCUCAAAAUCAUUGAAAUUCUCCAGUUCAUCUUGAAUGUGCGCCUGGACUACAGGAUCUCCUGUCUGCUGUCCAUAUUCAAGAGAGAAUUUGAUGAGAGUAACUCGCAGAGCGAGUUCCCCAUUUCAGGGAACAUUGAAGGUCCAAACAAUAUGCCAGGUGCUCUUGAUUUUGAGCACAUCGAAGAGCAGGCAGAGGGAAUAUUUGGCGGGAGUGAAGAGAAUACUCCUCUGGAUUUGGAUGAUCAUGGCGGCCGCACCUUCCUCAGAGUCCUUCUGCACCUGACCAUGCAUGACUAUCCCCCUCUGGUGUCCCGAGCUCUUCAUCUGCUCUUCAGACACUUCAGUCAAAGACAGGAAGUUCUGCAGGCUUUUAAGCAGGUCCAGUUGCUGGUCACCAGUCAAGAUGUGGAAAAUUACAAGCAGAUCAAGUCAGACCUGGAUCAGCUGCGCUCCAUUGUGGAGAAGUCGGAACUGUGGGUGUACAAGCGUCAAGGGCCAGAUGAAGGCAUGGAUGGAGGGGAGGGGCUUUCUCCUGAGUCCGAGCUUAAAAAUGGCGACUCUGGAGGCACAGCCAAGCCCAAGAAAGCAGAAAGCACCAGCAGCUACAACUACAGGGUGGUUAAAGAGAUCCUUCUGCGACUCAGCAGGCUGUGUGUUCAGGAAGGGCUGUCAGGCAGGAAGAGCCGAAAGCAGCAGCAGAGGCUCCUGAGGAACAUGGGUGCCCAUGCUGUGGUCCUGGAGCUCCUCCAGAUUCCAUAUGAAAAGGGAGAGGAUUUGCGAAUGCAGGACAUCAUGAAACUAGCUCAUCAGUUCUUGCAAAACUUCUGUGCGGGAAACCAGCAGAAUCAAGCUCUUCUACACAAGCACGUGAAUCUGUUCCUCAACCCAGGAAUUCUUGAAGCCAUUACCAUGCAGCACAUAUUCAUGAACAACUUCCAGCUGUGCAGUGAAAUAAAUGAGAGAGUGGUUCAGCACUUCGUCCACUGCAUCGAGACUCAUGGCCGCAACGUCCAGUACCUUAAGUUUCUGCAGACCAUCGUCAAAGCUGAAAAUAAGUUCAUCAAAAAGUGUCAGGACAUUGUAAUGGCAGAGUUGGUAAAUGCAGGUGAAGAUGUUUUGGUCUUCUACAAUGACCGAGCUUCCUUCCAGUCACUGGUUCAGAUGAUGAGAUCAGAGAGGGAUCGCAUGGAUGAAAACAGUCCUCUUAUGUACCACAUCCACCUAGUGGAGCUCCUGGCAGUCUGUACUGAGGGGAAAAAUGUCUACACUGAGAUUAAAUGUAACUCCCUUUUACCUCUGGAUGACAUAGUGCGAGUGGUGACCCAUGAGGACUGCAUCCCUGAGGUAAAGAUCGCUUACAUCAACUUUCUGAACCACUGCUAUGUGGACACAGAGGUGGAAAUGAAGGAGAUCUACACGUCCAACCACAUGUGGAAACUCUUUGAAAACUUCCUGGUGGACAUCUGCAGGGUCUGCAAUAACACGAGCGAUCGUAAACACGCAGACACAAUCCUGGAGCGUUACGUGACGGAGACGGUCAUGAGCAUAGUCACAACCUUCUUCAGCUCUCCAUUCUCAGACCAGAGCACCACCCUGCAGAGAGCCAUCCAAAAUAAUGCCUGUCUGUUGGGACAGUUGUUUCAGACCAGACAGCCGGUCUUUGUGCAGCUGCUGCAGGCUGUGUUCCGGGUCUAUCACUGCAACUGGCUUGUCCCUGUCCAAAAAGGCUCAGUUGAGAAUUGCAUCAAAGUCCUCUCUGAUGUCGCUAAAGGACGCGCUAUAGCUAUCCCUGUGGAUCUUGACAACCAGGUCAACAACUUGUUUGUGAAAUCCAACAACAUUGUCCAGAAGACCGCAAUGAGCUGGAGGCUCUCUGCUCGCAACGCAGCACGCAGAGACUCAGUUGUGACAGCCUCGCGAGACUACAGGAACAUCAUUGAGAGGCUACAGGAUAUCGUUUCCGCACUGGAGGACCGUCUCCGCCCAUUGGUCCAAGCUGAGCUCUCUGUUCUGGUGGAUGUUCUGCAUCGGCCUGAGCUCCUCUUCCCUGAAAACACAGAUUCACGGAAGAAGUGUGAAAGUGGAGGCUUCAUCUGCAAGCUGGUCAAACACACGAAGCAGCUGCUGGAGGAGAAUGAAGAAAGACUUUGCAUUAAAGUUCUGCAGACGCUGCGAGAGAUGAUGACCAAAGACCGCGGAUUUGGAGAGAAGCUCAGGGCCUUUGAUGAUGAGAUGGAUUUGCCUAAGCAGCUGGAUCAGAACCAGCCUGAGAAGCUGUUGGAGGACCUGAAGAGGGGUGAGGCACUGAGGCAGAUUCUAGUGAACCGUUACUAUGGCAACUUCCAUCGGAGUGGUGGGCGGAGGGAGAGCUUGACGUCAUUUAGUAAUGGACCCCUAAGUCCUGUUGGACCCAGCAAGGCACAAUCAGUGCUGGGGGGACCAGGAGGCUUGAGUCGCGGAGAAAUGACUUUGGCAGAAGUCCAAUGUCACCUGGACAAAGAGGGAGCCUCCGACUUGGUGAUUGAUCUCAUCAUGAACACCACAAGUGACCGGGUGUUCCAGGAGAGCAUCCUCUUGGCCAUCGCCCUGCUGGAGGGGGGAAACACCACCAUCCAGCGUUCAUUCUUCAGUCGUUUAACUGAAGACAAGAAAUCAGAGAAGUUCUUCCGGGUCUUCUAUGAUCGGAUGAAGUUGGCCCAGUUAGAGAUCAAAGCUACCGUGACCGUCAACACGAGCGAUUUGGGAAACCGAAAGAGAGACGACGACAGUCAAGAAAAAGAUGUCCCUGUCCGCAAAAAAGCGAGAGAGUCUGCUGUUGUCAUGACGGAGGAUGUGCGAGAGCAACUCCUGGAGGCCUCAUCCGCCACCAAAAAAGCCUUCAACUCCUACCGACGGGAAGCAGAUCCCGAAGAACAUUUCUCAACUCCUGAUGGACAGCCCACCACAGGUGACAAGAACCAGGACGAUGGAGAAAUGAGCUUUGUGAUCAUCAUCAUGCAACCCAUCCUCCGGUUUCUCCAACUACUCUGUGAGAAUCACAACCGAGACCUGCAGAACUUCCUUCGCUGUCAGAACAACAAGAACAACUACAACCUUGUGUGUGAGACUUUACAAUUCCUCGACUGCAUCUGCGGCAGUACCACAGGAGGUCUGGGGCUGCUUGGACUCUACAUCAAUGAGAAGAACGUGUCGCUCAUAAACCAAACCUUGGAGAGUCUCACAGAGUACUGUCAAGGACCGUGCCACGAGAACCAGAACUGCAUUGCCACACAUGAGUCCAACGGGAUUGACAUCAUCAUCGCCUUGAUCCUGAACGAUAUCAAUCCACUUGGAAAAAAGCGUAUGGACCUGGUGCUGGAGCUCAAAAACAACGCUUCCAAGUUGCUGCUUGCUAUAAUGGAGAGCCGUCACGACAGCGAGAAUGCUGAAAGAAUCUUAUACAACAUGAGACCAAAGGAGCUGGUAGAAGUUAUAAAAAAGGCUUACCUUCAGGGGGAGGUGGAGAUUGAAGACACAAGAGAGGAAGGGGAUAAUGGGGCAGAGGAGGAGCACGAUGCGGCAUCGCCGAGAAAUGUUGGCCACAACAUCUAUAUCUUAGCUCACCAGUUAGCUCGUCACAACAAGGAGCUGUCGAUGAUGCUGAAGCCAGGAGGAGCCAGUGGAGAAGGAGAUGAAGCACUGGAGUUCUACGCCAAACACACUGCACAAAUAGAGAUCGUGCGUCAGGACCGCACGAUGGAGGAGAUUGUGUUCCCAGUGCCUAACAUCUGUGAGUUCCUGACCUCAGAGUCCAAACUGCGGAUCUACUACACCACUGAGAGAGAUGAGCAGGGCAGUAAGAUCAAUGACUUCUUCCUGCGAGCAGAGGACCUUUUUAAUGAGAUGAACUGGCAGAAGAAACUGAGAGCACAGGCGGUGUUGUACUGGUGCUCCAGAAAUGUUUCAGUGUGGAGCACAGUCUCCUUCUAUCUGGCUGUGCUGAUGAACCUCCUGGUCUGCUUUUUCUACCCAUUGGAGGGAAUCCACGGAGGUACGCUGGAUUCCCAUCUGUCUGCCCUGCUGUGGAUGGGGGUCCUAGCCACACUGGUGAUUGUGAUCAUCAUGCCCCAGCCGCUAGGCAUCCGUGCCCUCGUGAUUGUCACUAUCCUCCGCCUUAUUUUCUCCGUUGGCCUGGAGCCCACACUCUUCCUUCUGGGUGCCUUCAAUGUUUGUAAUAAAAUAAUAUUCCUGAUAAGUUUUUUGGGGAACCGUGGAACCUUCACCCGCGGAUACAAAGCCAUGGUGAUGGACUUUGAGUUCCUCUACCACUUCACCUACCUCAUCAUCUGCUGCCUUGGAGUGUUUGUGCAUGUGUUUUUCUACAGUCUCCUGCUGUUUGACUUGGUCUACAGAGAAGAGACAUUGCUGAAUGUAAUUAAGAGCGUAACUCGAAACGGACGCUCCAUUGUGCUGACCGCAGUGCUCGCCCUCAUCUUGGUUUAUUUAUUCUCCAUUGUCGGUUAUAUAUUCUUUAAAGAUGACUUCAUCCUGGAAGUGGAUCGGAUCCCCAACGUCACUCUGAAGAACGGAGACAGUUUGGUGGAUGGGUUUCUGUCUACAGGAACAUGUCAGGCAGGCGCCAAUGAGAGCUGCACCAGCAGAACCCUGCCAGAAGCUGCAGAUGCUCGAGGUGACAGUGAGGCCAGUGACAUGGAGCGAACCUGUGACUCCCUCCUGAUGUGUAUCGUUACCGUGCUGAGUCAUGGCCUGAGGAGUGGGGGAGGUGUCGGCGACGUUCUCCGCAAACCAUCCAAAGAGGAGCCUUUGUUUGCUGCCAGAGUCAUUUACGACCUGCUUUUCUUCUUCAUGGUCAUCAUCAUCGUCCUCAAUCUGAUCUUUGGCGUCAUCAUCGAUACUUUUGCUGACCUGAGGAGCGAAAAACAGAAGAAGGAGGAGGUUCUGAAAACCACCUGCUUCAUUUGUGGCCUGGAGCGCGACAAGUUUGACAACAAGACGGUGACGUUUGAGGAGCACAUCAAGGAGGAGCACAACAUGUGGCAUUACUUGUUCUUCGUGGUCCUGGUGAAGGUCAAAGACUCGACCGAAUACACGGGACCGGAGAGCUAUGUGGCCGAGAUGAUCAAGGAGCACAACCUGGACUGGUUCCCACGCAUGCGGGCCAUGUCGCUGGUCAGCAGCGAUGCAGAGGGGGAGCAGAACGAAAUCAGGAACCUGCAGGAGAAACUGGAGUCCACCAUGCGCCUGGUGGCCAACCUGUCCGGUCAGCUGACCGAGCUCAAGGAGCAGAUGACUGAACAGAGGAAGCAGAAGCAGAGGAUCGGCCUGCUGGGUCACCCCCCUCACAUGAACAUCAACCCCCAGCAGCCAGCGUAACCCUGACCAGCCGCGCCUGUUCUCCGACGACGAGGCGCCGAACAUGCCAAAGAAAGUCCCUCUCCUGCGCCUAGGGAUGAAUGACUGUGACUGUUUACUUCACAAGGAGCGAUAAGUGUGUGUGAAAUGAAGCUCCAGUGGGAGCGUGGUAUGAGUGGAGAGUCAAGUGCCUCUGGACCUUCAGUGCCUUCUGGAAAGCAGCAGGUUUCUAACCCCUUGUCCUGUGUCACUGUCAACCCUCCAUUUUGCAUAAAAGGUCAGUUGCGUCAUCUGACCGCACUUUUUAAAAGCAUAUUAAAACAACACAAUCAGCUGCUUAAAGAACAUUUAGAAAUCAUCUGAAGAGUCCACAACUGAAGUCAUGUGUCAAAGAGCGGAGCUGCCUUUGUCAUGCUCCAGGAUUUUCCUCUUCAACAGGAAGCAUCAUUGUGAGCAAGCUUUAAUAGCAUGCAAGAGUCUGCUGCAAACACAACCAACCAUCAAAAGUCAUUUGAAAACAAACUUUGUAUCUGCACUGAACUAUUUAAUCGUUCUUUGAUGUUAUAGUCCUUGAGCACUGGUUUCUUCUGUAGCACAUGAGUGAUGGUUAUCUUUGUACACAAGAGUGUAAAGCAAUAAAGAUGUUAUUUUCAAAUGCUA